UUAGUCGCUCGCCGUGUGUCAUCGGCGGGCGAAAUUAAUUUCUCGCCGCUGACAGGGUGCGAUUAUUUCUCCCAGCCAGGCAGCGCCCGCCAUCAAUUCUGCGGCAGCCACCGAUUGGCAUGUCAGCGCAUUACGCGAUCCAGUUUGUGCAACCAGAAGGCAGCAGGGCACGUUCCUCUUGGAAAUGAAGUCGUUACCGCCCGCGAGUCUGUUUUGACGCCAACAGAGUGAUCAAUUGUGCUGCUUUUUGUUUCGCUACAGGCACCAAUGUUUGGUGCAAAUCGAUUGCGAUCAGUUCGGGCAAUUUGUUCCCAUCGAUUUCGGUAGAUGCAUUACUCACAGUUACGUCGAAAUGUGAUUGGAGCAGUUCAAUUUUGGAGAGCUCAGCCAAUCUUUAGGGAUUGUCAAUGCCAGACGUGCGUACGUUUCAAAUUCAAAAGCAUCACACAUGUCAGAAUCCAUCAGUAUGUGCGGCCCUGCAGUCAUUACUCGAGGAGAAGCAGCUCACCGAGUUCCGCCAGACGCUGAAAAAACUGCCAUUGGCCGAGCCCCCGCAGGACAAUUCCUACUCGUACCUGGACGACAUUGUGGACUUGCUCACAGAGACAAAUCAAGAUUCUAGUCCUCUUUUAGAGCAGGUUGGUCGUCGUCUAAUCCAGAAAUGCUUGGGCCACUUGGAGCGAGCUUUCCGCAGCUUAGGGCCAGAUAUGCAGAAUCUGCUGACGUCCCUUGAUGGCGUCCACGACGUCCUUCAGGGUGACGAGGAGCACGAGGGCCCCGAAGAAGGCUCGUUCGUGUGCAGUGUGAUCGCUCCAGGCGAACUCGAGCUUAGCUUCAGCACGGCGCGCAAAGGGGUGGUACAAGUGCUGGCCGGUUCUCUCACCGAACUGGCCGAGCGUCUCCACGGGACGCAGGCAGUCGUCCAGACCAUCAAGCAAGACCGAAGGGACCAGUCUGGCAUUUCACACUACCUCCUUAGCAUCUCGAUCCCCCAUCUGCAUUCGUGUCAGACUGAAGUUGAAAGCGAAAAGCCAAGCGUGUCCACGUCAGCGUCUGACCUGCGGAUGUGCGUGGAGACAAUGUGCAAGGCGUUCCCGUGGCACUUCGUCCUGGACAGACACCUCGAGUUCACCCAGCUAGGCAGCGGCUUCAUGCGACUUUUCGCAAACGAACUGACCCAGUACGGCCGUCACGUGGGCACUUACUUUGAGCUGGUAAAGCCCAGGGUGCCGUUUUCCUUCGAAGCCAUCCUCAAACGCUCAAACACGCCCUUUCUGCUCGCCAUCAAGAGUGUCAACGGGUCCACAGACUCGAAGGCGGCUGAGGGCAUGGAACUGAAAGGACAAAUGGUUUUCUGCCCAGAGUCGGACUCAUUGCUCUUUGUGGCCUCACCGUUCCUGGACGGCCUCGAAGGACUCACGGGGCGCGGCCUCUACAUCUCAGACAUUCCACUCCACGAUGCGACGAGGGACGUGAUCCUGGUUGGCGAGCAGUCCAGAGCGCAGGACGGCCUGAAGCGGCGGAUGGAUAAGCUGAAGAGCUCGAUAGAAGAGGCCAGCCUCGCCGUCGACGCCGAGAGAGAGAAAAAUGUUAGCCUUUUGCAUCUUAUUUUCCCUCCAGAUAUCGCUAAAAGGCUUUGGCUGGGCGAGGACAUCCAGGCACAAACCCACGAGGACGUGACCAUGCUGUUCAGCGACAUCGUCGGCUUCACGGCCAUUUGCUCGACAGCCACCCCCCUUGAGGUCAUCACCAUGCUCCAGUCCCUUUACAACCAGUUUGACAAGCUUUGUGGCCUACUCGACGUCUACAAGGUGGAGACGAUCGGCGAUGCGUACUGCGUGGCUGCCGGCCUGCACAAGCGGAGCUCGACCCACGCGCAGCAAACGGCUUGGAUGGCCCUCAGCAUGAUCGACGCCUGCUCCAGCCACAAAACCCACAUGGGUCAGCCAAUCAGGAUGAGGAUCGGUUUGCACACGGGCUCGGUGCUGGCUGGAGUGGUCGGCAUCAAAAUGCCUCGUUACUGCCUUUUCGGCCACAACGUCACCGUGGCAAACAAAUUCGAAAGCGGCAGCGAGCCCUUAAGAGUUAACAUCAGUCCUACCACCCAUGCGUGCUUAGUCAAAGGCGAGGGUUUCACGUUCGAGGCGCGACCGCGGUCCUGCCUGCCGGGUGGUUUUGUGGCCGACGAGGACCAAACGUGCCACUUCCUACUGGGUUACUGCCACCCCCAGGUGCCGCGCUCGGCCCCCUUGGCCGAUCACGUGGCCGCCGCCAUGAAGGAGCUGGAGUAGUGACAGAAACCGUACUAAAACAUUUUCCGGGCAACCUGAGCCGGGGCCGGCCGUAUUAAUAUAAAAUGUUUUGUGUUCUGUGCUGCAGUUUGGAAUGGAAACAGGAACUUUUAACUCGCUGCGUGUGUGCUUUCCUUGUGAGAGGGUCCCGAGAAAUUUAGCGACUUAAGAAUACCAUGUGGACCUCACGCUGGCGUUUUGAUGUUUGAGCAGCUUCGGUGUUCUCUAUUGUUAGUGUUUUAGCCGCGCGAUGACCAGAAACAGCGUUUUCUCACUCUCGUUCACACUAUAGAAUCUCUCAUUUUCGUCUCUGUUAUGGACAGUAUUUUUUAUUUCCGGUUUAACCCUCACAAAAGCAGUGUAUUCCGCCAAAAACGAUGCGAAUCUCAUAAAAUGAUACAUACACACAUCUAAACACAAAAAGCACAUAAGAAAACACGAUUUAAAGGGAAUAAACUACGCUUAUCUGAGCUGAGUGUCACUUUUGAGUGUAAGCAAUACCCAAAAAAUGCAGCAAAAUCACUUCUAUGAGUGUUGUAAGUGCGUAAGAUGAAAAUUUACUAGUCAAUAAAAAGAUUAUUUGGCAAGGCAAAAAA